AUGGCGGAUGCGAAAGCAGUAACAGUGUAUUCUGAAAACGAAAUUAGAGAAAUAUUAGUCAAGGUUGAAAAGAUUCCGUAUUUUGAAAAGGAUAAAAUAUUUAACUACAAAGUUAGUGCUUUAAAUACUGUGGCAAAUUUAACGUGUAGCAGCAGUUUCGAAUCAGCGACAAAGUUUGGUUUCCUGUUAAUGCAUGUCGGCUUAGAAAACAGCGAAAUAACCGUUUAUAAUGUUGAAGUAGGGAGCAACAGUACACCGCAUAUAAGUCUUGUGAAAAUUCAAAGAACGGCAAAGGACGAUUCUUCUAAUGACAUGCAAUCUGAGCCUUCUGAUGUUCUUUAUAGUACGAAAAAAAGUUCGACUUUGAACAAAGAUGACUUUGGUUCUCUUGAAUCGCUUGUAGAGAAGACAUUAAAUAACAUAUUUAAUCAUCAGUCGUUCAAACCCCUUCAAAAGGAAAUAAUUUCUGCAACCAUGGACUGUAAAAAUGUUCUUGGAGUUCUUGGUACUGGAGGAGGUAAAAGUUUGACAUUCAUGCUGCCUGCUGUUCUUGCUGAUAAGCCUACUAUUGUUGUAGUUCCUACAUUGUCAUUGAUAGAUGAUCUUUUACAUAGAUGUUUAGCUCUUAGCAUUGCAGCUUGCAAAAUUACUGGUGAUGUGCCAGACGAUGCUCGUGAUUCUUCUCUGAGAGAACUCAAUGCAUAUACACUGAUCUUUUGUACACCAGAAAUGUUUGUGAACAAAACUAUAUUAGAUAAAUUCAAGAGUAUCAGUAUUGAAAGAAUUGUAUUCGAUGAAGCCCAUACAAUCUGCAGUUGGGGAAAUACAUUUCGCCCUCAUUACAAAGUUGCUGCAAUUGAGUUGGCAAAAUUCCCUUGUCCUAAGUUGUUGCUAAGUGCAACAAUACCCCACCAGCUGAUAUUGGAGCUGUUGGAAAUGUUUGGUAGGUUGGAAAUAAUUAAAGGAACUGUGUUGCGUUAUAACAUAGUCUUAAGUAUUGAAGAGAAGCCUUUAGGAAAUAAGUUUUAUGACAAGUUAGCUCAAUUUGUACAGAAUAGGAAUGAUGAAUGUGGAAUCAUCUAUGGUGUCUUUCCAUCAGAUGUAUCUAAACUACAUUCAGAAUUAUUAAAAAGAAAUGUCAAGUGUGUGAAGUACCAUAGUCAAUUGUCCCAGCUUGUUAAAGAUGCCAGUUAUCAAAAGUGGACAUCAGGUGAAGUGAAAGUCAUGGUUGCAAAUGCUUCGUUUGGUAUGGGAGUUGACAAUACAAAUGUUCGGUUUGUUAUUCAUGCAAAAAUGCCUACCAAUCUGGAUGAAUAUUUUCAGCAGUGUGGAAGGGCAGGUCGUGAUGGUCAACGUAGCACUUGCAUAUUGUAUUAUAAUUAUGCAGAUAAAACUGCUCUUCUGAAACUCUUUCAUGGAAGUGGUGACUUUGCUAUGCAGUCUGUAAAACUUAACCAGUUAAUUUUAUUUCUGGAAGAUCCUGUUACAUGCCGACAUUCAUCCAUAUUAAAGUAUUAUGGGGAGAAUCAAGAGGGUUACAUGUGUGGUGAAAGCUGUGACAAUUGUAAGCACCGGGGCACAUACAUCAAGACGGAUGGGACGUCUGAUGCAUUUAAAGUUGUUCAAGCAGUGUUGGAAUUGUCUGGGACAAAAAUUAAUUGCCAAACAUUAAAACUUUUUCUUACCGGGAGUUCAAGAAAAUUCAUCAAAGAUAAUGAACUUGACAAAUUCAGUACAUUUGGUUGUUUACAAAAGGCAUUUAAGCCUGUUAUUUUGCUUGACAAGUUCCUACAUUCCCUCAUUGUCAAUGAUGUGUUACUGGAGACUGUUGAGGUUAAAAAUACUACCUUUUCAGUAAAUGUUUAUCCUGGCUCAAAGGCCCAUCUUGUGCUGAAGCUGGAGAACGAUGUUGAGAAGUAUUGUAAGGUAUAA